AUGGCAACCAUGGCUAGAUCGUUUCUGCAGGCGAUAUCCAAGGACGAAGCGGUUGCUCCUCCGCUCAGAGUUGUUCAGAUCGAAGGACUGGCUGUGUUAAAGAUCAUCAAACAUUGCAAGGAGUUUGCACCAACGCUUGUCACAGGGCAGCUUCUUGGACUUGAUGUUGGUAGUGUACUUGAAGUCACUAAUUGCUUUCCUUUUCCAGUAAGAGAUGAAGAUGAAGAGAUUGAAGCUGAUGGUGCUAAUUAUCAGCUUGAGAUGAUGAGAUGUUUGAGGGAGGUUAAUGUUGAUAACAACACUGUUGGAUGGUAUCAAUCCACGGUGCUUGGAUCUUAUCAGACUGUAGAGUUGAUUGAGACCUUCAUGAAUUACCAGGAGAACAUCAAGAGGUGUGUUUGCAUCAUAUACGAUCCCUCUAAAGCGGACCUUGGCGUUUUAGCUUUGAAGGCUUUGAAGCUUUCAGAUUCCUUUAUGGAGUUGUACCGGGCAGGAAACUUUACAGGGGAGAAGUUGAGAGAGAAAAAUUUCUCCUGGAUGGAUAUUUUUGAGGAAAUACCUAUCAAGGUUUCAAACUCUGCGCUUGUCAGUGCCUUUAUGACCGAACUGGAGACUGAUUCACCUGUCUCACAGGGUGAUUAUGAUCGUCUGCACUCAUCAACGACGCCUUUUCUUGAGAACAAUAUGGAGUUUUUGAUUAAAUGCAUGGAUGAUUUAUCUAUGGAACAACAAAAGUUCCAAUAUUACUACCGGAAUCUGUCUCGUCAGCAAGCGCAACAGCAAGCCUGGCUCCAGAAGAGAAGGACGGAGAACAUGGCUCGUAAAUCAGCCGGAGAAGAGCCUUUGCCUGAAGAGGAUCCAUCAAACCCAAUCUUCAAGCCGGUCCCUGAACCAUCGAGGCUAGAGAGCUUCCUCAUCACAAACCAAGUCUCAAACUUCUGCGGCCAAAUCAAUGGAGUGGCUGGCCAGAACUUCAGCAGACUCUACCUGACCAAGGCGUUGCACGAUAAUUGA